CAAAUUUAUGUCAAGUCUCGUUGAUAAUGAGAAUGCAUGAUAAUUAACGAGAUUUUAUCGCCAUUUUCUUGACUUCCCGGAUUGAUGAUGCUGUAUCGUAAAUAUUUACAUUUUUCCAAUCAUGAAGUUUGAAUGCAACUGAUGAUUGUACAACAUGCCUUUCAUUCAGCGAGGUAUAGAACCAGUCAAUGUCAGCCAUGUUGAGGUUGAUAAAUCGGUAGCUAACGAAUUGGAAUGUGUGACCAACCACACCCUGAGUUCUGUCAUUCAACAGCUCAGCAGCCUCAGUCACCAUGCUGAGGACAUGUUUGAAGACCUUUCAAAGGAGGCCUCUAACUUUUUGGGGAGAGCCAACCAAUUACAAAACCGUAUUGAUCAUCUAAGAGAUAAAGUGAAACAGCUAGACGCAGAAAGAGAGCAAGUUUCCUUACAAGACAUACAUUUAAGAAAACCAUACAAAAGUUCAAAUCAACAUGAUCAACAGGUUGUUUCCAGGGCAACGAUACCAAAAUCUAUACAACAGGCAUAUAUUGAAUGUACAAGACCUCCUGCUUUGGAGAAACUUAAUGAGUUCAGAGAGGAUGGCAAGGACAGUAUGAAGUUUUACACAGAUCCUGGAUACUUCUUUGAGUUAUGGUUCUCAGAUAUACAGAAAGAUAUAGAACAAAAGAAAACAGAAUACAAAGCAAAACGAAAGAAGCAAAGGCCUAAAGAAACGAAAACAAGAGCAAAACCUAAAGAAAUUAAAUUAAUCAAAGAAAAAUAUAAAGACAGAGCACAAGGAAUAGAAUUUAGUUCAGAAUAUCAGAAUCCCCAACAAAUAUUGAAAGGAUUACCUUCCUCUAAUGCGACUUCUUUAUCUAGUGCUGACAUUCAAAAUAAACCUUCUCAAAACCAUGUUUCAUCGCCACAGCAACAGAAUGAUAUAGAUCCUAGAUAUUCACAGGCACAUGCGAACAAAAAGUCACAGUAUAUGAAUGGUCCAAACGAAUUACCAUCACCUCAGGACCCACGAAUUAGUCAGAUGUCACAGCAGCAUCAACAAUAUUAUGAUCCAAACUUACCAGAUCAUCCUCAACAACAUCCCAGUCAUCUACACCUUCAGCAGCAACAUCAAAGAGGAUCACGAGCACCGUCAAUGAUCAGUCCUGCUAGACCGCAGCAAGCUCCUCCUCCUCCUCCGCCUUUUGAUCCAAACAGUGACAGGAUGAGAGGGCAAAGAGACAGUUUGCCACCUCCUCCUCCCCCGCCCCCAUUGGAUUCUGACAGUUAUAAUCAUAAGUCAUACACGCCAAGUCCGCAGAUGACUAGAAACCAACAAAUGAAUUAUGACGCAAGAGGGGAAUCACCGCAAGGAGGCUCACCAGUACGACAGCCUAGUAGUUAUUCUUCUAGUCCCUCGAGGCGAACACCAGAUCAUCUACCUCCGCCACCCCCUCCUCCUCAAUUCAUGCCAGACACACCAAUAGAAAUUAUGCCCCCACCUCCAAUUUCUCCACCACCAAUGGAUGGAGGUGCUCCCCCACCCCCUCCUCCUCCUCCCCCUCCUCCACCACCACCCCCAGCAAUGUCAAUGCCUAAUGGACAUGUGAGAGCACCUUCUGAUGGGGUGUCCAUAUCAUCAACUAAUAGUUCGUCAACGAUAGGAAGGACAGAAGUUGAGCAACCCCCUGCACCAGUGGAAACGGAAAGAAGUGCUUUAUUAUCAGAAAUUAGAAUUGGGGAUUGGAUGUCAAAGUUAAGAAAAACAGAAGAGAGAAAGAGAAAAGAAGAACAAAAGAAAACACCAUCAGGACGAUUUGAUGUGCAUUCAAUUAUGAACCGGGCAUUUGAAAUGAGAAGGAAAGCAAUGGAAGCUAGUGAUAGUGAGGGUGGGGAAGAGGACUCAGAUGAUAACGGGGAAGAUGAAUGGGACGAAGAUUGAUAAAAAAAAAUGUGAAAUUAGAAAUUUUUAAUGAAAUUUGUGAAAAUUCUUUGAAAUUGUCAUGGAAUUAUUUUAAACGAUAUACUAUAGAUGCACCUGGUAGGAAGUGUAAAUGAGAUGUGUAUACAUGUGAACUAUCAAGCCUGUCUUGUUGAGAUAUUUGAAUAAGUAGGUACAAAGGACGCAUGAAAAGCUCUGCCUAAAAUUUGUAAAUUCGUAGAUAAUGGUUAGCUCUGAAGUCUAAUGCAUGUAUGAAAGUAGUGUUGAAGAGCUGUCAGAUUAAUUGACUUGCAUAUGAGAAGCAUUAAUUGUAAAGGGAUGUGAUUUUCUGCCAAUACAAUGCCUCUCAUCCUUAUCUGUCUGGUAGCUAUUAAUCUGAAAUAUGUCUUUGCAAUAUUGUGAAUUUGAAAGCAUAUUAUUGAAAGACUAUGUACUGUGAAUGUACGAGCGGAAAGUUAAAAGUCAUGAUUAUCUGAUUAUUUUCUCUUCAUUGAAUAAUGUAUCAAAAUAAUAUGUUGAGUCCCUUUCUGAUGACAAGGAAAAUUUAGAAAUUUAAUACUUUUUUAUCAAAAUUUAACCUGAAUAGGGAAAUUGACUUGAAAAUAGAAUUAUCAAAAUAUGGUUGACUUUCUUUGAAAAUAUUGGUUAAGUGUCAAUAUUUCAAGAUUUCAGCAAAUGUAGAAAGAAUUGCUGUCAUUUAUUUAGCCCUAAGAGUUUGCUCAAAUACAGUUAGUUGUAAAGAAUUAUUAAAGUAGUUGGCUUUUACAGUCAUUCUAUUUAAUAAGCCUUGUGUAUGUGAUAGUUGUUUUCCUCAAUUGUAGUUUGAAUGUGAAUUUAUGCUCUCAUUUGUACCAAACUUGCAAAGAAAGACAAAAGCAAUUUUUAAAAAAAACUCCUAGUUACUAAAUAGUAGACCCCUAUUAAAUGGUACUUAUGUACACUUGAUUUUUUUUAAACAGAUAAUAUUUCUUGAUAAUUAUGAAUGGCAGAGGUAAUAAAUUGAUGAAUAUAUGUAAUUUUUGAAGCUCAGAAGUCCAGAUGUCUGUUCUUAACCCUUUAACAAAAGAAUUGUUUAAACUAUGUUAUAAUUAUUAUAUUUCUGUUACAGAAAAUAUCUAAAGUGGAUUUUAUAUAAAAUUGUGUAAACAGGGCAUGUUGAUAUAUAGUUAUUAAGUUCAUGUAUUGCAACUACAAUGUAGUUUUAUAUAGACCUACUCUGUACAUUUAUAACUAAACCCAACUAGAUGUAUACAGUUAAAAUUAUUUAUACAAGUUAUAUAAAUUUUAAACAUUGCCAUGAAGCUUAUUGUUAUUAAUUUUUUUUUGCCUUUUUUUGAUAAAUAAAAAUAAAUAUAAAUGCAUGAAAAUGCUCCUGCCAGUAGAAGCUUAACGUUGCAAGGGUACUAUCAUUAUUAUCAUAUGUAGCCAAAAUAUUGUCUUUGUAUACUAAAACGUAUAUGACUAGUUCAAAUUAUACAAGUGAUGUUUUUACACAAGUUGAAGUACUUAAAUAUAGUUGUUUUAAGUUUUGGUUCAAAAAUUCAUGAAAAUCUGGUUUAUGUUGGCCUUGGUUUACACAUAUUUUAUUCUUAGAUGUUUAAAAUCCUUCAAACGCAUCAGUACAUCUGUAACAGUAAGUGCAGAAUAACUUUCUCUGUAAAACAUAAACAACAGUAAUGAUGCAAUAUCGUUUGAAAAUGAUAAUUAAACUCCAUUUAGGUCGUCCAUUGAUGAUUGCAAAUCUUCAAAUACAGUACUGUAAUUUCUUGAUUUUAGUGCAGUAACCCUACAGUAUAGGAUGAUUUGUUGCAAUGUACAUGUAUUACUGUCAUAUUUUCAUCAUACUACAAAUGUCUGUUGUUAUAUCUCAUAAAAAUUGUGAUUUCAGUUGGAAAGUAUUAAUGAAAAAACUCAGGGGAUAUCUUUUUGUCUUUAGGAAAAGCACUUACAAUAAAGGAAAAAUACUAUAGAUUAGUGGAUAGAAUAAGUGUCUUAAGUCAUGGUUCUAUGUCUAUUAAGAAUAGUAGUCUCAUGGAAUGUUCUUAUAUUUCACUGGCCAGAAAGUAGGGCUAAUUGUCAUUUUCAUCUCUCCAAAUUUGUAUUUUUGUUGAGUUAAUGUGCAUGCUCAUCGUUUUGUCAUAAAAUUGAGUGAUAUAUGUGUGUAAUGUGUGAAAAUUGUGUGAUUUAUAUAUGCAAAGUGCUACUGUUAUGUAAUGGUACUAAUUAAGACUAUAGUUAAUUGAUUUAGGUAAAGGAUUUAAAUAUUUUCCACAAACUUCAAAUUUUUAAUUAACACUGUGAAAGAUAAAGAAAACUCUUAACAUUUAUUACUGAUUUAGUAAAUACACUAAUUAUUUCUACCUAUUUUUUUGUGUUUUUCCUUUGUUUGUUAUACAUUGGUGCUUAUUUCUCUAUUUUUAAAUACUGAUUGAUUUCAUUUUCUUUCAUUAAAAAUAUUUUCAAUAUGAGAGCAAGUUUUCCUCUAUAGUGUCCCAGGGUUCUUUUUUCCAUGGACAUAUUUCUGAAGGAGAAUUUCAAAAUGGAACAUUUCCAAUAAUCUUUAUAAUGUAUAAUAUUUAGAUAAUAAUUUGAUAAAAGGGACCGAUCAGCAAUGUUGUUUAGUAAGAAAACAGAGAAAUAAAGAAGGCAAUUGUUUUUUACCCUACAAAAAACAAAUCUAUUAUAUAACUUUUUAAAGAUUCUAAUUCUAUUUAUAGAAUAACAUUAAAGAUCUCUGGCAUUGUGCAAUUAAAAAAAAACAAAGAGAUAACUCUAUUAGAAACUAACUUUAUAACUUCCCUUUAAAGUCUGAAUUUCCAUUCUUUGUGCUAUAGAUUAUACUGAGUUGUGUCUUUUAUAGGUCUUUUACUCUCUCAAUAACUUUGGAAGUACUUACAUUUUUUUUUUCUAUUUUGUUUAGUUUCUUCUGAAAAAUUGAUAUCACAAUCUCAAUUUUUUUUUAUAUUCAAUAGAACUGAGCAGCCGUCUUAUAAUUCCAUGUCACUUGUUUUGAAUUUUGUUCCGUUUCAAUUGUUUUGUUUGUUUGUUUGCAUUGUUUUGUUUACUGCUGCUUAUCAAGUGAACACUAGAGUCUUCCUUCAUUGUACAAAGUUGUAUAUAUAGAGAAGUAUAGAUAUAGAUAUAUAUAUAUAUAAAACAUCUUAUUUAACAAGUCAUGUGCAAUAUUUGUCUUAUUGAUGUGUACAUUAAUAAAGAUGUUAGAUUUGAAAUUGUAGAAGUCUAACUUUCAUAGUGCAAAGGUCAAAUCUGUGUAAGUUAAUUUUCCCUUACAUAAAAAGGAAGGUAUGAACUAAUAAAUUUGAUAAGGAACAAAACCAAUAACAUGAUUUAUUGAAAUAAAAUACGGACACAGAAUUGUUUAUUUUAAUUACAAGCAAUUUUUUUCUCGAUUAUAUGAGGUUUAUCUAAGAAAAGUUUACUUUGAUAGUUAAUUUAAUGUUUAAAAGAAUAUUUACUUUUGCAAUAAUAUACAUUUAAUUGUUCAAUUCAAUUUCCAGCACUUUGAUUGUAUUUUUCUAUAAUGUUUCCAUCAGUCAGUCCUUUUCAUACAUUCAUGCUAUAGUUUUAGUUUUUACAUUUUCUUUACUUUUCUUACAAGGAAUGUUUUAUUAUUGUAAAGUUUUGAAUUGAAAUAAAGUUAAAAAGCACAGACUCGAAAGAAGUCUAAUAGAGACUUAAGUUUGUGAGAAAAUUUUUUUUCCAUAAUUUUGAGACCUACAUUUUUUUUGGUACUAUAAUAUCAAAGAUUUAAGGAGAAGGAUUCCUAAAAACAGUGUCAAUUGGAAAUAUUAUAAAAAAGUUAUCAUGUGUAUUCAUUUUUUUUUAAUUUUCAAUAAACAGUUGUAGGUGUGUGCUUUAUAAAUUAUAUCCAUGGUGGUGUUGUUUUAUGACUCUAUCAAAUAACUACACACUUUCACAGGAUGUUUUAAUCACAUUAUUUAAGUCUUAAUUAAGAAACAAACACAAAACCACAGAGGAACCGCACCCCUGCAGUUGGUUAAUAUGAAGAUAUAAAAAGAAAUCAAUCUAUGAAUAACAGAAUUUUGUCUCUGUAUUGUAGGUUAAAGCAUAAUACCAGCUUCUUUCCCCUAUCUUGUACCACCCCUUUCCAUACAAGUAAAUAGAUAAUUGUGUGCUAUCUUUCCUGAUUAUUUAAUAUUUGGAGGCUCUGUAUUUGAAUCAUGUAUUUUGAUUUUUGACAUACACAUUUGAAAAAGUUGAAAUCUCAUUUUGAAUUUAAAAAAAUACAAAUUGAAUUAAUGAAUUGUGCAAACCAUACUUAAAUGGAUAUGAAUUUACGGAAAUUUUCAUGUGGGAAGACAUUUCCAGUGUAGAUUUAAAAUUGAAAUUUUCUGAUAUAAUAAAAAUACAGAUAUGUUAUAAUUUAGUUAGCACAUACCUAUAUCAGAGAUAACUUGUCCAUGUGGUUUAGUAUACCAUCAUUACAAAGUCAUAUCUUAUAAGAAAUCAUUUGUAUCAUUCAUAUCAUCUAAUCAUAGAUUUUGCAAAUCAUUCCCUGUGAAUUUUGUGAAAAUUUAUUGUGAUAUUAGUGUAGCAUUAAUAAUAACACAAUUCAAUCUACCAUGGAAUAAACAUGGUAUAUCUUUUUUUCUUCGUUUUGCAUAUUUGCUCACCUUUAUAAUAGUAUUAUAUUAAAUUAUACUUGUAUUUACACAAAAAUAGCAGGUUUUCUGUCAUAAUACUUUGCAAUUUUCAAUUUCAAGUGUAAAUUUGUUUUUUAAAUUCUAAGAAUGCGUUGCCUACAACUUAGUUAUGUUUGAUAAUCUACCAUAAUUUUAAAUAUUUGGAAUAAACCUAAAAUUAUAGAGUGAUGAAUAACCAGGAGCAAAAAAAAUCAGGACCCAACAAUUAAAAAAUUCUGGGACAGUAUUUUCUUCAUACUUCAAAAUAUUCAUACAAGAUGUUAAAAUGACAUAUACAUUUUUCAUAAUCAGACUUACAUGUAUUUGUACUAUUUAAUAUAUUUUACACUGAAUAAGGAUAUUUAAGUAAUAUUAUAUAAUAUAUAGAUUAUUAUAAAAAGGAUAUUAUUUUCUGUGGUUUUAUAAUUCAAUUUCACAGAAACCAAGAAUUUAAAAACUUUUCAAAUUCACAUUAAGUAUAAAAACAAGUAUUGUCUACAAUUGCUUUACCAAGCUUUCACCAAUAUCAAUAUCUGAGAUGCAUGUUUUUGAAACUGGAUAGAACAGCUGCCAGCUUAUACUUUUAUUUGACUAUUGUUGAUAUUCUGGUAUGUGCUUGUAAGAACACUUAAACCUUUUUCUUGCAGGAAGCCUAUUAAGGUUGAAAUUGGGAAUCAUUUCAGUCUGAGGCUUUCAGUUGUUCAUUUUAAAAUGUCUGUAGUUAUCAUUAUUAUUGAAUAAGUAAUUAGUUGCUAUAUGUGGCCAUAACAUUAAAAUUAUAUAUGAAUGUUAUUGUACAUUAAAUUUGUACAUUUUGUAUAGACUUGUGCUGUAAUAAUAAAUGCUGCUUACAAGGAAA